CCCACAGGUUUGGUUUUGUAUGAUACCAUUUUUGUUUCAGGAUUAUUUUACUGCGUGAUACCAUGAGCCGGUCUUCAUCACAAUGUUUGAGGUGAGCUUGAGUGUGUACAUGACUUUUCCAAUAUGUGUGCCUUGGGAUCAUCUCACGCUUUGUCGUGGCAAACGACCUUGGCGUGCUUGGACUUCUUGGAGGCUAGUACUCGCUUUGCUGUCUUCCCCAUUUAGCUUUGUUACCCCCUUUGAUCUAUACUUCUAUAUUCUUGGGACUUCUUUUCAUUCUGCCCACCAUAUUUUAUUCACAUUGGAUAUCUAUUUUUCUUUUUCUUUUUCUUUUCUUUUCUUUUCUUUUCUUUUUUUUUUAAUCAUCUCAAACAUGUGGAUUUCUCGGUCUGUUGAAUGUUCAUUAUGAAAGGGUGAAAUAAAUGCACUUCGGAUUCCGGAUCGUAUGAUUCUGAAUUGUUGCCAACUCAGUUCGAAGUUAUGACUUC